UACAUUUUUAGGAAAAGAGAUGCUAGAUCACAGUUUGUAGGGAGAUUUCCUAUUUCUAUUUAAGCUAGGUUUGCAAUUUGCCCCAGUUAUACAAUGGCCUCAACUUCCAGUUUUGAGGCAAAAGUGUUAAUGUCUAAGGGCAAAAGGGCCACUGCAGCUUAUAUUCACGCUGACUGCUCUAAUGAAAGGAGCCCCCAACAUCUAAAUGAAGUCUUGGACAACCUCUUGAACCCAGCAAAAGCAAUAGAUGAAUGGGAAACAAUAGAUUGGUGCAAAUGGCUUAUGGCUGGGGGCAGAACUCCAGAUGAAUUUUCUAGUACAGUUCGAGCUUAUGAUAAUGCCACAACUUGUGGUCUGGUAUGGACUCCCAAUUUUGUAGCAUACAGAUGUCGCACAUGUGGAAUAUCCCCUUGCAUGUCCUUAUGCACAGAGUGUUUUAAAAAAGGGAACCAUGCAAGGCAUGACUUCAAUAUGUUUCUUAGUCAAGCAGGAGGGGCAUGUGACUGUGGAGACACAUCAGUUAUGAAAGAAACAGGGUUUUGUGAUAGACAUGGUCCAAAUAAAGCAGCAAGUAAGGGCAAAGCACCCACCGAUCUAAUGUGUGUCGCUGAGGCCAUGAUGCCUAGAAUUAUUUUAAGGUUAAUUCAACAUCUUAGAGAAAAUAGUAAAACGGGAACUCCUGACGCUUACAAGGGUGCAAUACAGGAUGCUGAUGGCUUUAUAACAAUGUUAUUAGACUUUAAUAAUAUGGGGGGAUUGAUGAGAAGAGUUAUGACUUCUGCUCUCACUAAUCCACAGAAAUACAGGGUAUUAAAUGAAGUGCCAGAAAAUUUAGUUACAGAAUAUGCACAAUAUCAAAAUGAUUCUAAAAGAAUUUAUGAAGAAGCUUUGAACUCUCUACCUAAUCCAAAACCUAUAGAAGACUACAAAGACUGUCCUUCAUUGCAAGAAAAUUUGGUCCAUAAAACUUUCUUAGAGGAACUGGUGUUUCGGACAGUGAAAUUUGAAUUUCCCCAGAAAGUGGUGUGUCUUUUGCUGAACAUGCUUCCAGAUCCUGAUUAUAAAGAGGCAUUGACUAGAGCUUUUGUUCUUCAUUACAGUAGAAUUUCGAUGAUGCUAGAACGAUCAGUAGAUCCCGACACACUGAGUAAUAGAGUGGUGCAUGUAAGCGUGCAGUUAUUUUCAAACGAAAGUUUAGCUUUAAGAAUGACGGAACAUUUAAAUCUGUUACAUGUUAUGGUAGUUAGUUUAAAGUAUAUGAUGAGCAAAAUUUUAAUAAAGAACACCUUACAUGAUCAAAACGAAAAUUUUCAUUAUGUCGUCGACUGUGGCAAACCUGUAAUGAAAGAUCAUUGUUAUUGGCCCCUUGUUUCUGAUUUGAAUAAUGUUCUCUCACAUAGACCAGUAGCAUUAAAGUUUAUGUCGGAUGAUUCUUUAUUGGAAAUGUGGUUCACAUUCUUAGCUAUGUUUCAAGGUAUGAAUGUUAACCAGAGAGAACUAAACCAGCACAUAGAAUUUGAGCCCAAUACUUACUAUGCAGCCUUUAGUGCCGAAUUGGAGGCCAGUGCUUAUCCUAUGUGGGCCCUCGUAUCCCACUUAACCGAUGCUACAACUGCAUCAUUAACUCGAAGAGUGUUAUCUUCUUGUUUAAAUGAAUUAAAAGAUUGGUUAGAUGCUAUUAAUUUUACUAGUCCAACUGUGAAUGAUAGUCUUCAAGUGACCUUCCAUCUUCCGCUUCACAGAUACCUCGCUGUGUUCUUGUGUCAAGCAGUCGCGAAGCAAGAAAUUACUCUUAAUGAAGUAUUACCAUCCACAGAUACUUUCCUGAACCUCCUCAUGAUGCAUCCUCUUCGUGUACAGGUUGCUUUCUACGAAAUAUUGAAUGGCUUAUGGGUAAGAAAUGGUUUACAAAUAAAAGGCCAAGCUAUGACGUACAUUCAAUGUAAUUUUUGCAAUUCUAUGGUGGAUGCCGACCUUUACUUACUACAAAUCUGCGCCACCAGAAUAGCGACUGAUAAUUUCCUAAAUACCGUUAUUGAAAAGUUUCAUGUUAAAGAGUGGAUGAGUUUAGCACCUUAUCAGGCACCUCAAAAUGCAUACCUAGAAGGAGAACAUGAUACACCAAUGUUAGAAAGUUUCUUAACUUUUUUGGCAACCUUAAUCAGUGUACGAACAAAUUUAGGCUUGUCGGAAACAGCUUUGAAUCGUUUAGAAAUGGUGACUCUUCUAUGUAUGGGUGACAAGACACAUUCUCAACUUAUGGAACUCAUGCCUGAGAGGUGUGGUACUUCCCAAAGUCGUGAUUUCGAAUCUCUGUUAGCCGAAGUGGCAGAUUAUAGAGCACCAGCUCUAGAAGCUAGUGGUAACAUGCAGCAGGGGAUGUAUGUACCCAAGCCUUUAAUUUGGGAAAAUCAAUAUGACCCAAUUCACGUUUUACUCAGAGCGGUGCAUAGAAGAGAUUUCCAGACUUCUAUGGAUAGAUAUACAGAAUAUGCAAGACAAGCGAAUAAGCUAAAACCUGGUAUAAGUCCUUGGCCUCCAUUCAGGACUCCAGCUGACUGCUCUGAAGCCUAUGAAGAUCCUCGACAAAUAUUAAAAUCCAGGGUUUUCCAUGCAGCAGUUUUAGUUAUUCUAUAUAAGGCUGUGAAGGGACAUGUAUCAGAGCAUGUUAUGGCACUUGUAAUGUUUUUAUUGGAGCAAGCAGUUAUUAUUUCUCAGCAAGAUGAUAAUAAGAAUACCAAGAUGUGCUCUGCAGCUCCACAAACUCAUAAUCAACUUAAUGAUAUGGACCUGACAAACUGGUUUACUGCUGACUCCUUAUUUGACAAUCUCAGAACAGUUGUUGGGAGAGUCAUUUUAACACCGGAGUCUGAUUUUUCACCUAUUACUUAUAGUUCUGAUAGUGAUCUUGAAUGGGAAGGCUCCGAAGUAGACACUGAAAUGCCAGAUAUUACCAUGGAUGAUACCAAAAUGUUAAUGUUGGGUGAGGGCUCGUCUAAUUGGGAUAGUAAUCAAGAACAAUCUGCUAGUACAGAUUUAAUGGUGUUCAGAGGUCAACAAGAUCAGGAUUCUCCUGCUAUGGAGACCACUCCUACGGGUUCCGUUCUGGCUUUGCCUUCAUCCACAUCUGUUCCUAUGGAAGUGGAAAGAAUUAUGAGUGUUGCACUCCCUGCAUACAUUUCUGUAAACCAUCAUGCUUCUUCUAGUUCAGCCGAGCCUCCUGCCUUGCCCUCUCCAGCACAAUUGCCAGCUCUUACAGCAGGUAAUGAAAUUGGUAGAGCGGUAAUUUGGUCACGGCCGGGUCCUUCUAGUAAAGAAUUAGUCCCCUCUACAUCUCAAAAUCACAGAAAAUCCUAUCCUUAUAGACGAAGGCAAACGGUAGAAAGACCUAUUACAAAUCCACCAUCUGUAAAGGUCAAUGAAAGUAUAAUUUCAUUGCUUUUGAGAUUACAUUCUCAACUAUCAGGUGUACCUGAUAGUUACAAUCUGGAAGAGGACGAGGAAGAGAACAGUUCGACUGCUUCUACUGAGGCCCCCAUAGGAGAUGGUGCUUAUUACGUGGGCAAACUUCUAAGGAAGAUAUCUGCUUCGGACAGCAGCUGUAAAACUUGUAUUCAGGAAACUCGAAUGAAGCUUUGGCCAUCCCAAGAAGAACGAGAAGAGGCGAAAAAACAAAGAGAAAAUAAAGAACGCGAGGAGCGCAGAAGACGUGCAAAAGAACGUCAACAGAAACUUAUGGCAGAAUUUGCAAAUAAGCAAAAGCAAUUUAUGGAAAAGGCAAUGGAAAUAGAUGAGAAUUCCGAUAACAUGGAAGAAGAAGUACUUGUUAGUAAACAAGAAUAUGACUGUGUUAUAUGUAAUCAGAGUACACCUAGUACAGAGGAGAAGCCUAUGGGUCUUGUUGUUUUAAUACAAGCUACUAGUGUCAUAGGCCACAGAAGGAGGUAUGGACAGCCCGAGAGAUCAGUUUUGCCGACGUGUGAAGAAGAAAGGGAAUUUCUAAGAAGAGAUGACACUUUGGCGGCCGAAUUUGAUCGACGAGUGGAAGAGUUAGAUAGACACUUUGACCCACAGUCGUGGUUCCUUUCGGUUAAUCUAGGUUGGGAUGGAGGUGUACACGUUCAAACUUGUGGUCAUCAUUUACAUUUAGAUUGUUUAAAUUCUUAUCUACAAUCCUUAAGGUCACAACAGCGUCAGCCUACUUUAUCUCCGGAAAAGGGUGAAUACCUGUGUCCAUUAUGUAGACAAUUAGCAAACUCAGUACUACCUCUGUCCCCGCAAUUAGGUGAUAAAACGCAAAUGGUCCGUUCAAGACCUAACGAGAGCAUGUCACAAAUUUUAGAAGAGCUUAGUAACUUUUUAAGAGAAAAUGACCAAAAACCUAGUACGUCAAAUAUGGCCGAAGCUAUAGGAAAAGUAAUGGAAGACAUGUCGAGCAGUACUCAACUCAAACCUAUGUUUAAACCAAAAAGUGAAAAGCCAAUUCCUCAAAGUUUGUUUUUGUUUGUAACUUCCAUUGCUAGGACGAACCUGGAAGUAGAACUGAUUCAGAGGGGAGGGUCUCUUGUGAUAUCAGGAGCAGAUCCUCCCAAUCCCUUAUUACCAAAACGAGAUUGCAUAGUUCCUUUAUUACAUGUUCUUGCCGUACAUGCCAGAGUGGCUAGAGUUUUAGCAAUGUGGCCAGCAUGGAUGACGUUUCAGCAGCUUUGCGGACUGCCUGCUAAAGUUCCCGUUACAGCCUUAGCACCUAUCGAAAGAGAAGUACCGCUUUUAUUAAGGGAUCCUAUUGCCCUGCUUUUACAAUUCGUAUUAUUGCUACCAUUACAUUUAGAUCAAACAUAUUUCACAACAACCGUUCAGAUGGUUUAUAAUCUACUAUAUUAUCAAGUAGUUGCCCAAGUUUCCUGCGGACUUACUGGAGCCGAACGGGCCAGAGCAGCUUCAGGUGCCACCGAAGGUCGAAUAACCAACCUCUGUGACUCAUUGAAUCUCAUUAAUGAGUGUCUCGGUCAAACCGAUUUGUAUAUGGAAGAUGAUAGUGAGAGUUGCAGUGGAAAAACACAAGUGAACAUUUUGGCUCUAGAGCAACAGGUUCAAAAGUUAUGCUUACUAUUUCUUCGAAUAGCAUCUCUACUUAAAUAUCACCUAUACCAGCAACCGCUUCCGGAUAUCCGUGCGGCCCAGAGUGAGUUUGUCCGUCUAGUCUAUUACCUCGAAUUAGUAACUGAAUCGAUGGAUUGGGGAUGUUUCAAUGCCUCAGUUGCUUUAAAUUGGCCCUCGAACACUAAUAUGUUUACUGAUUCACCACGAUCUUGGUGUAGUCAGUUUGCAUCAUUUAUUUCUAAGAGCCAGAUAGCUGCUAGAAGUUUUUUGGUGGACCAACAUAUAGUGUGGCAUCCGCCCAGGCUAUUACAGUUGCCUAGGGAAUACGAGAAAAUAUUUACGUAUUACCAUGAACGACCUUGUAGUCAGUGCCACUCUGUAGCACAAGAAACAAGUAUAUGCUUACUAUGCGGAACUAUAGUAUGCCUUAAACAAAACUGUUGCAAGCAACAAAAUGUAUGCGAAGCCGUUGCACAUGCUGCAGAAUGCGGAGCUGGAACCGGAGUAUUUUUAGUAGUUACUUCAACGUAUAUAAUCGUUAUUAGGGGACACAGAGCUUGCCUUUGGGGAUCAUUAUAUUUAGAUGAUUUUGAAGAGGAAGAUAGAGACCUGAAACGUGGAAAGCCAUUGUACCUCAGCAAAGACAGAUACCAACUCCUAGAACAGCAGUGGUUGGCGCAUAGAUUUGACCAUACGAAGAAAACUUGGGUACAUCAUCGAAAUGCUCUCUAAAGCGUAACACCAAUGGAUUACAAUGAGAUUUUUAUUACUUGUAAUAAAUAUUUUUAAUGA